AUGUCCAAUUUCACCGAUCACCAUGGGGACAAGAGCGGCGCCUACCAUGGAGAUGAAGUGCGUUGCUACGCGUUCAUCGCGCCUGAGACCUCCUUCGCUACUAGGGCCAACACUCUACCAGAGUACUGUCGGAUGAACAGAGAGAUUGUGGAGCGAUGGUCAGCACUAUCAGGGGGACAGGAUAUAGCUGCAGUCGCCUCAACAGCCACAGUGGCUAGCAACCAGCUGGAUCCAUCGUGUCUGGUAGGCGACCGAGCAGUGGUGUCCGAGCGUACCGCGGUCAAGGGCUCCGUACUUGGACCGCAGACCACGAUCAGACCUCGUACCAGGGUCUUCAACAGCAUCCUCAUGGCUGGCGCCAGCAUCGGUGAAGGAUGUGCGGUGGUCAACUGUAUUCUCUGUGAUGAGGCUGUUGUUGAGGAUGGGUGCGACCUAAAGGAUUGUCUGGUUGGAAGUCGACAAAUAGUGCCUAGUGGAGAAAAACAUUCCAAUGAAGUUCUGACAGAUGAUGAGCAUCUCAUUGAAAUCCUGUAACCAUCUGCAUCUUAUGUUGACACUGCAUCUAGGGUACGAUGAUUUGUAAAAAUUUAUAGAAUAAAAAAGUUUUAUUACCUUGUA